AUGGCGUUAAGCUGCUGGUUCGUGAUUCCCAUUGAUGCGCUGUUUUAUCCACAGUUCCAGGGUCGUCUUCUUGAGCAGGUCCUGUUUGUCGUCAUGUCGAUAGAGGCAGCUUGCUGGAUGGUCAUGUUCAAGCGCUCGCCUCUAGACCGGCGUAUCUUUGCCACUUAUCCCCUUCCACUGUGGAUUUUCUGCGAGGGUACGAUUGUCGCGCUGCAGUAUGUUGCUCCCUGGCCCUUGGCAUAUUCAGUGUGGAUGUGGUAUCCAAAGAUUGCUGCCUUCUGUUUCGGCCCGUUCUGCCUGUUCAUCUUGAUUGCUGGGCCCAUCCGCGUGGCUCAUGUUCCCCUAGUUGGGCACAUGCUUGUUCGAAGAGCACUUCGAGGGCGAAUGUGCUCCCGGAAAUAUCUGGCUACAGCCAAACGUGAUUCGUUGCGAGGCACGGCUGAGCCGCGCCCGAGCACGUCUACGUUCUCGAUUUAG